GCAAGAAAUAACAACAUCAUGAAAAUUCAUCAUCCACAAAAUCUCUAAAUGUCAUCAUCAAUACAAUUUUCAUCUAAUAAUUAUCGGUCGAGGAGAGCCCUCACUAUUCAAUUUAUAUUUCUUAUAAUUUCCAUCAGUUUCGUCUUGUUUCAUAAAUCUUUACGAGAAUAUACAGACCAGCAGCAACAAGUAGGCUUUUAUAAAUCGGAUAACAACAAUAAUUUGUUAAUAACCUUCGUCAAUGCACAGAACGAAACUAGAGCAACAACUUCAUACAAUCCCUUCUCAUCAAUUAGUGAGAAAAUUGCCUCUUUCAAAUUAAAUCUCUACCGAUUGACUUUUACUGGUAAACAAGCUCCAGAUAAAUUCGAUCCAGAAUCAUCAGAUUAUUGGCAAGGAAUUGGUACGAGUGCAUUGGGAGGAGGUAUUGUUUCCAUUCUGGCCAUUCUUGCAUUACUCUUUUUCGAUACAGUUCGUGGAUUGGGAUGUUUUGGUGGUAUUGAACCAACCAAGCAAUUAUUCUAUGGAAGAGAACAAAGAAAACAACCGUAUGGACAAUGUCAGACAUUUUCAUUGAAAAUUAUCUUGGCAGUCAUGUUAGUUUUGAUUGGAGGAUUGUGCACAUUGCUGAUUAUUGGUAAUGUGAUUUUCAAUGUUUCAUUUGAGAAUGGUAGAGUUUAUUUCAAGGCAACUCUGGUUGACAUGUUUAAUACGACUGUUAAUUUGCAAACUGUUGCUAAUAGAAUUCAAGUUGCAAGUGGAUCGACUUCAGAUAUUACUGACAUUAACACUUUAAUUUCACAACAGCAAACUGCAUUGAAUUCUACCAAUACUUUGGUUAGAGAAAUUAGACAUUUGAACUUUUUGAGAUACUUUUUAUUGAUGGUUAUUGCUGUGGUCAUGUUAUCGGUUCCAUUAUUGGGUUUAUUGGGUGGUUUAACCCAUUGGAAGGAGUUUGCUUUGUAUGGUGUCAGAUUUGGUUACAUGAUGCUUGUUUGUGCUUGGAUUUUGUUUACCAUUCACUUUGCAUUUGCAAUGGUCACUCAGGAUAUGUGUGCAACAGCAGACAGAUAUUUGCAGGGUACAGAGGGAAAUACUACAUCUAGUUCUGAACUUGUUUCUCAAGUUUCAUCAUUGGUUUCCAUAUUUUCUCAAUGUUCAAACUCAUCUCAACUUGUUAAGAAUAGUGGUGUCAGUAUGAGUUUAGUUGAUGGCAUGUUAACAAGUUUGAACCAACAAUUGACAAAUGCAGACAGUCAAAAACGUGAUUUCCAUCUCGUAUUGUACAAUGUUACCAAUGCCACAAGUAUUGAUUUUGUUGCUGCCAAUCCAGAUACUAAGGCCAAUGUUCAAAAAUCGGUUGAUAGUAUUCUAUUGUUUGCCUAUGAUUUGAUUCCAUCCUUUUUGACAUACAAUAAUUGUUCAAGUGUUGGAGAAAAGUUUGUACAAUUUGUGGAUUCAGGUUGUGUUGGCAUGUUGUCAAGUAUUCAUAUUUUGUGGGCUGUCUUUUUAGUUAUAGGAUCAGCGCUUAUUCCACUCACUUGGUUCAAUUGUUUAGGAUAUAAGAGAUUCAGAAAGAAGCGUUUCGUCAUUCCAAAAGAAAGACAACCAGAAGGUGUUGAAAUUGCUCUCCAUCUUACUUAAUUUGUUGUUUAUACGAGAUUAGAAAUAUUGUACUAUACUUUUGAAAUAAAUUAUUUGUUGUAAUUUU